CGCCCAAGGCCUGGUGUCUUGACCUUGGCAUUCUACCACUAUUCUGCUCAGAUCAUGUUCGCCAUUCAGAUUGGAGCAGGCAUAUUGCCUCCGAUUCUCGUUGGUAUUGUAGCUUAUAUCACUUAUGUCGUGAUUGUAUUGCUAUGUGUCGACAACUGAAUCUCUCCCCCAUCGGACCAACCACAAGUCUUGAUCUUCUUCUGCCUCUUCCUCCUCCUCAUGACAUCUUCCUUCUUCAAGUGUCUAUACCACGCCUACGUCGAUCUAGGCAUCCUCGCCAACAACACUUACAUCGAUCCCGAGAUCCAAGCCAGCCCAUCAUUCGAAAAAGUUCACGGUCUACCAAGAAAAGUCUACCCAGCACCUUUUCUGGAGACUUUUCACGAUCAAAUGUUUUGCGAGUGCGAUGAGGAUGGAGAACCGCUUUGGUGCAGGCGCUGUGAGCACUAUAAACCUAUUCGUACACAUCAUUCCAGGAUGCUGGAUCGUUGUGUUUUGAAGUUUGAUCACUAUUGUUCUUGGGUCGGAGGCUACACCACCGCCACAAACUUCAAAUUCUUCCUCCAAUUCUCAGUCCCUGCAGCUUAGAUUCUGAUGAUAGCGAGAUGGGUGUCACGGUACAAGAAUAAUCACCUAGCGUUGGAGUUGAAGGCGACCACGAUGAUGAAGACGAGGAUACCACUAUCCUAGGAAUAGAAACCGCUCAGAGUAAUUUCACUAUUUU